AUAAAUCAGGACAAAAAGUUUCCACUAUUAAUUGUAAUAGGAAAAAAAACAUAGCUAAGUCGACAUCAGUUUCCAGUCGCCGUUGCCACCGCCCGGAUAAUGAGUAACCGGGAAGUCCACUUGAGGCUCUGCAGCCUAAUCCGCGAUUCACUGUGUCCAUAUGCUGAGCUUUUGCCUACUUCCUUUACCAAAGAAAAUGUGAAGGACCUGUUGAUCGCCCUCUCUCGAGUUUGCUCACAAAUCAAGCUGUGGAAGUUGGAUUUCCCAUCCGAUUCUGACUCCGACUCAGAUGUUGCCGGAGGUUCUCCUGGCGUUAUGGAUUGUAGUGUUAUCCACCGCUCGGAUACUGAGAUCCAUCCCUGUUUAUCUAAGGCCAUCAGCGUCUUGAUGGAGUUGCUGGAUAUUGAAAAUUCAUACGUACAACACUUAGUGGGUAACAUUUUGGUGGAAACUUCUAAUUUCUUAGUUGCAUCUGGAAGUAGCUGGUUUGAACUUAAGCAGUUAUUUUCUCUCUUGGAUAUGUCAAUUUUUAGUUCUACUUCAUCUUCUACUGGAUGUAUAAUGGUGGAGGUAAAUCCAUCAACCUCUGUUUCACCCGUUAAACUCCACCAUAAAAGUAACAAUUGGGUAUCAAUAGCUGUCAUCACUCAAGUUUUAAGAAGGAUAGUGAAGAAUGCAAAACGAGACGCUGAUGAUCACAUUUUGAAGUUGUGCUUCGAGGCCACAAACUCUUUAAUAUCAAAUGUGCCAUGGGAUUUGUUGCAUGAGAUUUUUGUCAGUCAAACGAACAAGUCUUUGGGAGACCUCAAUGCUGAUGGUUUGUUUCAAUGCCAAGAUGCAAAACCAAAACCAGCAAUUUUGUUUCUUGGAAGUUUCAUUCAGUUGUUGUGUUCAUUGGCCGAGAUGAUAAGCCUGCCGCUAGAAGCCAUUACUGAUGAUUUGCAUAAGCACACAGUUAUUAGUGAGAUCAGAAGCAUCCUUCCUAGGCUCCUAGGUUUGUGCCAUGGGAAUUUUCAGAACUUUGGAAGUGUUUAUAUCUCUAAAUAUUACAAGCACAAGUUUCUGGUAUGAUAUGUUUCGAACUAAUCUAAGGGCUGCUUUUGGAAUUCAAGAAGCAAUAGGCAAAGGGGGAUACUAAUGAUCAGGCUCAGUUCUGGAGUCCAGUUGGAUGGUUCUGUUCUUCAUUCAUGGCUGAAUCUCAUCCACCUUUACUUUCAAGACAUCUUAUGCCUACCAAUAGCUGGAGUGGAGUCUGAUCUAGAUAAAUGUCUUGAGGGCUCACCAUUUUGGGAAAAUACUUAUGAUGCAGAAAAAGAGAACAUGACAUCCAGACAUUUGCAAAGGCUGGCUAUUUUUCUUUUUCUAAGAUGUUCCUUUUGCAUGGUCAAUAUGGAGAGAAGUGGACAAAACCGUGCAUUUAUUGACCACGAUUGUCACUCUGCUGUUAAUCUGAAAUCAGAUUUAAGCAAAGGUUUGAAAGAGAUCCAUGAGUGGCUCCAACUUGUUUCUAAUGAUGAUGCUUUUUUGCACCACAAGAAAUGUGCUGAAUGUAUUUUAAGCUUUCAGUUGUGCUUCCUUCAGCUUUAUAUGCAUGAGGAUGAUAUUCUGUUUCAGAUGCUCCUGCAACUGCUUUGUAUUUCCCCACUCUCUGAGGAAUGGUUUGUUAAAGAAGGAAUGCCAUCAGCAGAUGUUAAAAUGGCUUCCAUUGUUUCAGACCUUUUUAACCCUAUAUGUGUAUUUCACCAUUUUCUAGCAGAGAUUAGCUAUGAUCAUCAAGUUCUUCUGGAUUAUCUUAUCUCAAAAGAUACAGGAGCCAGUUCUGCUGAAUAUCUCUUAAGGUGCUUGCGCAUGGUAUUUCAGUCUUGGAGCUUAUUUCAAACUUUCCCAUGGAGCAUAAAAAAUGAAAUUCAAUUAUGUCAAAAGAGAAGAAAAACAUCAGUAGAUCGUCCGAGUUUUUCAGGGGAGUUGUCCACAUCAGUGAAUGAUGGGAUUUGUUUUCCAUUUGAACUAGAUCACCAGAUGAGAGGAAAACAUUAUGGUGCUGUUGCUGACAGAACUGAGAGAGUUCCUUUCGAGUGUGCUAGUAGUUGUUUAUUGGAACUGAAAGCAUCUAUUGAAAGCCUUCAUCAAAAGAAUCUUUUUCCAUAUAACCCGCAAGUGUUGUUACAGCGAUUGUCGAGAUUUCAGGAGCUCUACCAAAAGCAUUAGUCUGACAUGAUACAACAACCUCUUGAAAUUAAAACAAUGAGGGUACGAUACUAGUGUUUUUCAUCUCAAAUAGCAGUGGUGGCAGCUGCAGUAGCAGUUAUUUCAAGCAAACAAGAGCAAAGCUCCUGUGGUUUUGUGAGCAUGACC